UGUUUUCAGAUCAGUGAAGAUGAGCAGCAGGAGUCAGGAGAGUGUGCGCGAGCUCAGAUAUCUCAGAUGUGGAUCAGAACCCAGGACUGAGUCUCAGGAGGUUUAAGUUUCUUGAAGAUGUGUGGCAUGAUCUGUGCUUGGAUCGAUUCCCUCCAUGAGUUCAGGAACUGUGGAGUGGAGCGUCACGGGAAUCCCUCUCGAUCCGAUCACAGAAGUAAAGAGGAGGCGGUUGCCAUGGAGACGGAGUUGCUAAGGGACUAUGGUUUCGGACGGCAACAGCUGACGGAGAUGCUGGGACACGCGUGUGCGACCGCCAUCACACAGGUUUUCCCGCUGGCGUCUCUGGAGAAGCGGCAGCCGACGGUUCUGGUGGCCUGCGGUCCGGAUCAGAACGGCUGCGUGGGUCUGGCGUGUGCUCGUCAUCUGCGUGUGUUUGAGUACAUCCCCACCGUCUUCAUCCCCAAACGCUCCUCAGACGCUCUUCAUCAGGACCUGAGGCUUCAGUGUGAGCGGAUGGACCUGCCGUUCCUGUCCUACCUGCCCACUGAGGUGCAGCUGAUCAAUGAAGCCUAUAACCUGGUCGUGGACGCGGUUCUGGGUCCAGAAACUGAGCUGGCGUCAGUCGGAGAGCCGUUCACCGGAGUCCUGCAGACGCUACGAGGACUCAAAGCGCCCAUCGCCAGCCUGGACAUCCCGUCAGGCUGGGACGCAGACGAGUCCAGCUCAGACGGGAUCAGUCCUGCGCUUCUGGUUUCUCUGAUGACGCCGAAGCGAUGCGCCCUGAGCUUCUCCGGAGCACACUUCCUGGCCGGACGCUUCCUGCCCUUUGACCUUCAGAGGAAGUACGAGCUGAACCUGCCCAAGUUCUCCGGGACGGACGCUGUGGUCCAGCUGUGAGCCGCUCCAUGUCUUCGUUUAAGAGCAACAAACACAACUUGAUUGAUGCGCUUCCAUCGCUACAGGAUUCGUUCACUUCCAGAAUGAACGCUCCACUCGUUACAAAGCGGAGUUUCUUUCUUCUGUUGAACACAAAUGAAGAUAUUUUG